CGGAACAACAAUUUAUCAAGAAAGUGAAGUGAACAGGGCUCAAAUAUUUUAAUGAGCCGAUAGGACAUAAUUUAUUCUUUAAUAGUCCAAAUAUCUGUUUAUUAAACCGGUUUAACCACAGAAUAUAAUUCAUCAUGUCAGAACGGGAACCAAUUAGCGGAUCUAGUCGUGACUAUGGCGCCAUCGCGGCCCCACCCUCCGUGGGUUUCGCGGACUUCAGUCCCACAGAAUUGUACAAUCUGAGUGAGGGUAUAGCAGAUAAUGUGAACACGAUUAAUAGUGGCCUGCGGGCCUUGGAGAAGAUGAUGAAGCAGAUCGGUGGACCUAGUGAUAGUGUACAGUUGAGGGAUAAGAUUCACGACACACAACAAAAGGUAAACAGUUCUGUCUCCGCAACAGCACGAGAUAUCCAGAGACUGGGUGUGGUCGUGAGACGGGGGGACAAGCCGCAGAAACUGCAAGUGGAGAGAUUAACGCAGGCAUUUAGAGAUGCCCUCGCUAAUUAUUCCUCUGUUCAGAAGCAAGUAUCAGAAAAGAUGGCUGCCCACAUGCCGACGGCAGCUCGCAACAGGAACGACCCCGAGCUCCUGGAGCGGCAGGCGAUCGCUGAUGAUGAAGAGGCCAGUCUACUUGCUAACCAGCAGGCACAGGCACGUCUAGUCCAAUUCGAGACGAGCAUGUUGCUUGAAAAAGAAGCGUAUAUGAAUAAAAUAGAAGCGGACGUGUUAGAUGUCAAUCAGAUAAUGCAGGAGUUGGCUGAUAUGGUGAAUGCGCAGGCGCAGACUGUUGACACAGUAGAAAGCCACAUAGAAGCGGCAAGCGCUACAGUAGAAGCGGGAGUCGACGAAUUAGCGAAAGCGGCGGAACAACAACGUAGAUAUAGGAAGAGAAUGUUCUUUUUCAUCUCUAUUGCGAUUAUUUUGGCUAUAAUACUCAUUGCGUGGGUUGUUAAGGCGUUUAGAUAAAAUUUAUGAACGAUUUUUUUGAAAAAAUUCCAAAAAAAAAAAUGCAAAAAAUUAUUUGUACUAUGUAGCCGUACUUGCUAUAUGAAUCUUGGGCGAAGUUCUGAGGUAAAAUAAAUAUGAUUAAAAAUAGGUUUUUCUAAAAAAAAAUCAGGUGUAUCGCGACGUAAUGUUCAACAAAAAAUAUAAAAUUGAUGAUUUUUUCAUACUUUCAUACCUGCCUUCUUACUUAAUUACGUAGUAAAAAUAAACCGAAAGAAAAUUAUUAUUAUCAAACCUAUGUAUAAAUUAUAAAAAAACUUCAGUGCAAUACGUAAAUAAUUGUUAUUUGUUACUAUCAUAGUCAUUCUUAGCCUUCUUUUUGCUCUUGGUGUAGCAAAAUUCUUAUAUUAUUUUAUCUACUUAAAUAUAAUGUGUACAAUAAUGCAGUUUUCGCAAUUUUUUUUUAAUGUCAAAUUCAAUGAGUUUUUAUUUUAUUUAUGAAAAUUAUGUCUCUAUGAUGUGUCAAAAAACUUAAUAUUUAAGACACAUAUUUUUUCAUGUUUUGGCUAUACAGUGCUCGAAAUAACGCGUAAUGUUUAUGUAUUACCUUAAUAAAUAUAUUUAAAACAAGACUUAUUUAUAUUUUGUUAAAGUGAAACUUCUAUAAGCUCGUUGAGAGUAAAAUUUCGAGGUUAUGUCAUGGCAGUACCGUACCGUGAUGGAGUAAGGCGACGAUUUCAGUAUCUUUGAAUCUUGCCAAAGAAGUUUCACUUCUGACACGUGUGCUCGCCACACAAUAGGCCGCCAUUUCGAGUUUAAAUUGUUUUAUUUAUUUCUAAGUUAUUUUAGUAAAAUGUAUUUUAUUUGUUUGUUGUCUGUAUGUGUUUAUAAUAAUUUUAAUCGCUUUUUAUCCGUGGCAACUCAUAUACAUCCAUACUAAUAUUAUAAAUGCGAAAGUAACUCUGUCUGUCUGUCUGUCUGUUACUCAAUCACGCCUAAACUACUGAACCAAUUUGCAUAAAAUUUGGUAUGGAGAUAUUUUGA